AUGAAGAAAAAUUCAAGCAGGAAGCUCACUCUUACCUACAUUGUCGGCAUUCUUCAAGCAAAUGGAGCAACAAACCCACUCCCUCGGCAUCCCCUCUCCGUCCUCAAUGAUAAUUCAUGCCUCGAUCUCACCAUCGACGGUGUCAAUGCGGUCAACCCCGACCUUAAUCUCGUCAAAGGUCACGCCUCUGUGAGAACAUGGUGGAGGCCGUCUUUGACAAUUUCAUGGUCGAUGUGGACGACAUGA